AUGGUUUCGAUACAGAAUUUACCUCCUGAAGUUAUUUUAAGAAUUCUGGAAAACGUAACUAUUAGCUUGACGGACGUUAAGAAUUUUAGUUCCACGUGCACAAAAUUUCAGUGGACAUCGUAUGACAAAAAUCUCUGGAAGAAAAAGUAUGCUGAGAGAUGGCCUUAUGCCACAAUACAUUACGAAGACAAAACGGGCGUCAAAUUUGAUGACGCCAAUAUUAAAGAUUUAAAAAAAGGUAUGAAAUGUGCGAAAAACUUGUGGCGUCUUGUGUCUCGUAUGUCCGAGAUGUGUUCCUCUGACGAUGAGGAAUGUUAUCAAAAAGAUAACGAUAUCAUAUAUUUUCUCGACCAGCAUGAAAAAAAACAUCCCUUAAAUUUAUACAUUUUACAUAAUGAACUUACUAAAAAUGAAUAUCACCAAGAUCCAAGCCAAUGCAAUACAACAUAAGGUUAUUACAGCAUAUGUUUCGUUAUUUUGUGCGAAGUUCAAAUGCGUAUAUUAUUACUUAGAAAUGGCGUGAAUGUGUAAAAAGAUCCCCAAUAGAUUUGGAAAGUAUAAUCGUCUUAAAGUUACAGUUCGAUCAUCUUGAUAAAUAUAUUACUGACUU